AUGGCUGGUGGUAAGUUAGAAAAUGAAGAUGUCAUACAUCAGUUAUUGGGCGCCAUGCCACCCGAAUUUGAUUCAGUGGUUUCCGCUCUUGAUAUUUUAUGUGGCAGUAAGCAGACUGAGAUAACUUUGGAUUACGUAAGAAAUACUCUUUUAGCUGAAGAAGAGAGAAUAUUGAAAAAGGAAGGGUCUCAGCCUCACAACGCAUUUUCUUCUAAUAGAAACCAAGGAACUUCUACGCGCUGUGUAAUUCGCAACAAACGGCGCCUACCUGAAGAGUUGAUACUUGAUCCAUUAUACUUAGAACCACUGAAGAUGUCGAAUGGGAAGAUAUCAAAUUUAAUACUUUUGAGUAAGUUUGUCACAAAACAAGAAAACAGAGAUUUCUUCCUGCAAUUUGCACCAGAUGCACCAGUCUCUGAUGGUCAUAUUAAUGAUGAUGACAAUGUAGAAAUAGAGGAUGACGAUAAUAGUGAAGGAUGUGAUGAGUAA